AUGUCUCCAGUGUUUUGUAAUGCAAUGGAAUGCGGUGUAACAUCAAAAAGCAACAAGCGAGAUAAUCCGUUCGCAGCAGGAGGUAGGGUGGAGGGGCACGAAUUAAAAACCCCCGACAAAUGUCCGGCCGGAAUGGAUUACGGCUCCCACGGCCUACACUCCGAGAAACGGAGGGGGAUUCAGAAAGUUUUGGACGAAUACCCAAACCCGAUGAAAUAG